GGUCGUCGUGCUGUCGGUUGUCCGCUGUGCGCCGUCGGUGCUCGCUCCCCUAUCACACGUUAUAUGAGAUAUCCGGCUGCCCGUGCUCUCUCCAUGCGGGGGCGGUGUGGGCGAGAGCAUGACCCGGAGAGCAGUUAGCAGGAAGAGGAGAGCGGCGCCAGGGACAGGCCCCGGAGAGCAGGUAGCUGUGCGGCCCGUGUCUGGGGUACAGGCAGACUGGGACCAUGCCACUCAGAAGCGGAGGAGACUUCCCCCAGAGAAGAAGUCUGUGGUCUUUUAUCUGAAAGCACGAGAGCUGAAAGCACAGGAUGAGCCCAACUAUAACCGCCUGCUACGUGGCUGCGCUGCUCAGGCCCUGCCAGGCAUCCUGAAAGAGAGAGAGUUCCGCCUUGGGACACUCAAUAAAGUCUUUGCGUCACAAUGGCUAAACCAUCGCCAGGUCGUUUGUGGAACCAAAUGCAACACCUUGUUCGUGGUGGAUGUGCAGACCGGGCAGAUUACAAAGAUCCCCAUCUUGAAAGAUCGAGAACCAAUCAAUACAACGCCUCAGAACUGCGGCAUCCACGCCAUUGAGCUUAAUCCUUCCCGGACGCUGCUGGCCACCGGCGGAGAUAACCCCAACAGCCUGGCGGUCUACCGGCUUCCCACCCUGGAUCCUGUCUGCGUUGGAGAUGAGGGUCACAAUGACUGGAUCUUCUCUAUUGCAUGGAUUAGCGACACCCUAGCGGUUUCAGGCUCACGUGACGGCUCCAUGGGUCUAUGGGAGAUAAAUGAGGAUGUGCUGAGUAAGUGUAACUUCCAGCACAGCCACUCCCGGGUGCCGGUGUACGCCCACAUCUACCACAAGGCUCUGAAGGAUAUCCCCAAAGAAAGCAGCAACUCCUCCAACUGCAAGGUCCGUGCCCUGGCAUUCAACAGCAAGAACAAGGAGCUGGGCGCUGUGUCUCUGGACGGCUACUUCCACCUGUGGAAAGCGGAACACACAUUAGCCAAGCUGCUCUCCACCAAGUUACCGUACUGCAGGGAGAACGUGUGCCUGGCCUACGGCCUGGAGUGGUCCGUGUACGCCGUGGGGUCGCAGGCUCACGUUUCUUUCCUGGACCCGAGGCAACCACCCCAGAAUGUCCGGUCCGUGUACUGUCGGGAGCAAGGCAGCGGCAUUCGCUCCGUCAGCUUCUAUGAGCAUAUAAUCACUGUGGGGACAGGACAGGGCUCCCUCUUGUUUUAUGACAUCCGGGCUCAGAAGUUUUUGGAUGAUUCCACCAGUAACUUCCAAACUUCCAAGUCCAAAGGCGAGAUGGUAAAACUGAGCACCGGGAAAGGCUGGCUGAAUCACAACGACAUGUGGCGAAACUACUUCUCCGACAUCGACUGCUGCCCAAACGCUGUUUACACCCACUGUUACGACUCAUCCGGAACAAAGCUGUUCGUGGCAGGCGGUCCUCUGCCGACGGGUCUCCACGGAAACUACGCCGGGCUCUGGAGCUAGGAGAAGCCGCCCGAGGGAGCGAGAGAGAUGGGUGCCCGUCGUUAACCCCUUCCCUCCCAGAGGGUGUACAUCAGUGUGUGUAAUACAUCGUCAGGCCCUCUGGCAGACAGUGGUUUAUAUAACCCGAGUCUUUCCUUGUUUUUUGUUUUAUCUGUAAGAGAGAGAAAAGGCGCUUUAUUCAGAGGUGCUCAAAGGCCAGCCGCAUCUUAAAGAACUAUUGGAGCUUUCACAUAAUUACAACUUCUCUUCUCAGAAGUUAAUUUUACUCUUUAGAUUGGACGUGUUCCCACAAACUGUCAUCGUCCAGGAUUCCUUCCUCCCCCAAAGUGCAGUCUCGCUUUUCCUGCACUACUAAUCACUGAGAAAUCCGCCUGCCGAGGAGAAAGCCGGUUGUGGGACAUGGGAGGACAGCCGCGAUUGCCAUUCCGGAGACCCGGAGUACUGUAUAUCCCAAUAAUCAUGUCCUGCAAUAGACAUUUGCUUCCUGGUAUUUGCCACUGGCUCUUGAGCUUAUACACGGGACAUCAUGAGUAUCGACGCACAUUCCAGCCACGAGAACCGGGCUGCGACGACUUACCUGUGCGCGCUCCCGUUUAGUGGGACUGCAGCUCACAAGCGUGGCCAGAACCUGUAAUUAGCUGUGGACAGAUACGUGUAACAUUUGGUGGAAUGGUCCAGGUUUUCUGUGAAAAUCUGGGGGGAUAUUAUAAUGUAUGUGUGUGCGUGCGAAUGUAUGCGUGAUGAUGUGUGUGUCAAGUACAUAACAUUUAAAUUACUUGGAGUGAAGAAUUGUGUCAUUAACAUUUAUUGUUAAUACGGCUCUUUGUUCAUUAGGUUCAAUUUUAUCAUCCUUUUUUUUUUUUCUAAAUGUAAAGGAUUCUAAAAACAGAAAAUGUAUAUUGAGAGAAUGAAAUCAAUAAAUUGUAAAAGAAA